ACAUGUAUACUGUGGAUCAUCUGUGCUUGUUAAUCCCUAUAUUCUUCUCAAUCAAAGCCAUUGGAUUAGUGGGUCAUCUCUUUAAUCAGAAAUCUUCAGACCCACCAGCUGAAAAUCUACCCAUUUCUCAUUGGAUGAUCAGCCCAUGAAGGGAUGAAAGUGGGUGUGGCCUAUUGAAGACGAUGCAUCUGAGUUUCAAUCUGUUCAUGUAUUGUGUUCUGUGAUGCUGAUGCUUUGUGGUAUAUAUUUAUUGAUGUGCUUGUGCCGAGCUCUCGUUUUCCAUGCUUCCCUUCCUACGUGUAAGAGACAAUAGGAGGACCGACCAAGAGCAUCUGCAGUUUUGAAUCUGUUUCUGAUUUGCAAUGGAUCUUAAAGAAAGGCUUUGUUCAGAAGCCUGGACAAAGUCUGCUUUGGAGGAUAAAUCAUCCAAAACUCUCCCCUCAGAUCCACACCCCUUCACUGCCUUCAGUUCGCAGCAACGACACCGGAAGUGGAAUGAUCCUUCCAGUCUUGAUUAUGGAAUUGGGAUGCAGCAGCCAUUCUCUCAAUUCGAUCUGCCUUCAGAGCCCUCGUCGAGUAACCCUGGUAAUCAAAUCAAAAUCCUGGAUCAAGUGAAUGGACAGACGGCAGAGAUGGCCAUCGAUGCUGAUAAACUUCAAGGUUGGGAUCCCCGAGCCAUGUUAACCAAUCUUUCCUUCCUUGAGCAAAAGAUCCACCAGCUCCAGGAUUUGGUACAUUUGAUUGUUGGCCGAGGAGGUCGAGUGUUGGCUCGCCCAGAUGAAAUUAUGGCUCAGCAGAAGCAGCUCAUAACUGCUGAUCUGACUUCCAUCAUAGUUCAGUUGAUCUCAACUGCAGGUAGUCUUCUCCCAUCUGCAAAAAAUAACAUAUUGGCUGCAAAUCCUUUUGUUGGGCAGCUAGGAAGUAACUCUGGUAUUGGAUGCCCUCGUAGUUUGGGCAUGAAUGAUGAUGCUAUACCACAGUCUAAUGGUGGAACUCAGGUGUUUGAUCAUUCUGAGCAUAAUGACUCAAUGGGACAUGACAGCCCUGAACAAAACCAUGCAGGUCAAUCUCACCACUCUGUUUCCCCUAUUGAAGAGCAUGACUCAAAGGAUGAUGAAGAUGGUGGGGAAGGGGAGAACCUCCCCCCUGGAUCCUAUGAAGUUUUACAACUAGAAAAGGAGGAAAUUCUUGCACCGCAUACUCACUUCUGCAUGAUAUGCGGGAAAGGAUUCAAGAGAGAUGCAAACCUACGGAUGCACAUGAGAGGUCAUGGGGAUGAAUACAAGACCCCAGCUGCUCUUGCCAAGCCUAAUAAAGAAUUGAGUUCAGAGGCCACACUGAUCAGGAGGUACUCCUGCCCCUUUGCUGGAUGCAAGCGGAAUAAGGACCAUAAGAAAUUCCAGCCACUGAAGACCAUAUUGUGCGUGAAGAACCAUUAUAAACGUACCCAUUGUGACAAAAGCUAUACUUGCAGCAGAUGCAACAACAAGAGGUUCUCUGUUAUUGCUGAUCUCAAGACUCAUGAGAAGCAUUGCGGGCGGGACAAAUGGGUAUGUUCCUGUGGCACAACAUUCUCAAGGAAGGACAAGUUGUUUGGACAUGUUGCACUCUUCCAAGGUCAUACUCCUGUCCUUCCCUUUGAUGAAAACAAAGGAAUAUCUGGGCCAAUGGAACAAGGGGAAAGCAAUGAAGCAAUCACAGAAACUCCCACGGAAGGGAAUACGGGAUUCAGUUUCAGCUCCAGUGCCUCCAGUGGAAGUGGUGCCCAGAAUGUUGUGGAUGUGAAACGCAGUAUUCAUGACCCUACUGGUUAUUUCUCAUCAAUGAACUUUGACACGUGUAACUUUGGUGGGUUUCAUGAGUUCCCCCGACCGCCAUUUGAUGUUCCAGAUAGUUCUUUCUCAUUCCUUCUUUCUGGGUCUUGUAAUUAUAUUCAAAAAUCUGAAGGGACAUCAGGUUCUGAUGUCCUAAACUGAUGUUUAUGGUAUUCAAUUUUCUUUUGUUGCAGUUCUUCCAUGCUUCUACUUUGAGUUGAUAUCUGUACCAUAACAUCUUGUAACCUUUAAAUUCUGGAGUUAAUAUUGAUGCUUUUCUUU